CGUGAUACAUAACAGAUUCACAGUGCAUGUUACUGUGGGGGAUGAUCCUGUCCUAAAUGACCCAAAACUCAUGAAUUAACAGAAAUGUAGUCUCUACGCCAGGUUCCUCCAUGUACUCAUUUUUCUCAUUUUAAAAUUUCGGAAAUAUGGACAUUAAGGUAAAACAUGUUUUCUCCUGUGCUCUGAUUUGGUGCGUUUACAUGUCUCAGGUAACCUUUAUGAUACCAUUUUCUUAUAAGACACCCUUUACAAAGGGUCCUAACUAAUGUCUUUAUUAAUGUUUAAUUAAUAAUUUACUAAUGCUUUAUAGAUCAGUUAUAAGCCACUAAUGGAACAACUGUUGGGUUUCCAGGCUGUAAAAACUCUCUUUGACGGGCUAAACCAUUUGACCACUUAUUUCUAGAAAAUGGCUGCAGAUGAUCUGGACCAAAAUUCAAAAUCUUACAACUGGCUUGAUGGCUUGAUGAUAAAAACCCUGUAAUAAUGACUUAAUAACAUGUAUAAACUGCAGGCUUGAAGGCGAUUACUAGAAAGUGAGAUACCCAUGAGCAUUAUUUUUUAGCAGUGAUUGAUGGAUUACCAGCAUUUAUAACUGCAUUAUUACCAAAUAGAAAGGAUCAAUACAAGCCAACGGGAUUUUUCACAACCUGGCAACCCCUAAUAUGUUCUUACUAAUGGCUUAAAAUACUCUACAGAGCAUUACUAAAUAAUACAGCCAUUAGAUACAACUUAAACCCUUUGUAAGGAUGUCUUAUUAGAAAGUGGCACCACAUUAACGCACGUGUGGAGGUGAAAUAGACCCCAGUGGAUGAAUAGACUAUUAUGCAAAUAGUCCUCUCACUGCACCGUCAGUCAAUCGAUAUACGGCCAAAAAGCGAUUAAUAAAUUGCGAGCACUGGUUCAAGAACACGGGGGAAAUUACAGACCCGCUAAACACAGUUUUGUAGUGACACGAUGAGGCAGUCUACAUAUCACUGAAGUGUAUCAGCUUUGCUAUUGCGCACUUUCCCCUGCGUGUGCUGCCUUCAAGUGCUCACGAUUGCAACUCGGACGAAAUUUUCAUAGGUCUACAUAAAAUACAAAAUAAGCCAUUAAUACUUGCAUCUUGCUGCUGGAGCAAAAACUAGCUGUUUGACGCUUAAUUUCACAGAAAACUCAAUGGCCGCCGAACACAUAUUUUUGUUUUUAGGCCUAUUUCCGACCACACACACACUUAAAUCAGCGUCAACAAGUCGCUUUUACAACUUCACAUUGACUGAACCAGGAAUUUGGGAGGAGACCAUGAACGCAGCACGUCAUCCGCCGCGUGGACUCGCAGCAUCACCACCGUUAGUUAACGGCAAUGUGAGUUAACGGGAAAGUUCACUGUGUGAGUUCAGCCGUGUGUCGAGACGGGGAUAGUUUUACCAGGCGUGUGUUUCCAGACUUUCAGAAGCAUGCCAGCCUUUGGUGGAGCUGUGCCAUAAACGAGAAGAACAACGUGCCUUCCUCUGUUCCUCCAGGAGAGUCCUCUGGCCCAGUGUCUCCACCAGUGACCCCCAGGCGCCUCCUGACUCAGGGAUAUCAUGGGACCCCUCCACGUUCACCUUUCCACACUCCUCUUCCUCCUCCUCUCUCUCCUCCUCCUGGCCCACCCCUGCACUUCCUCCAGGCCUCAGGUUGUGGAGCGAGCGUCUGGCCCUGAGCAGCCUCAGUCCUCUGGUAACACUACGGGGUCUGGCAAGCGGACGUGUGCGGGCAUUGUGGUGUGUAAACCCGGCAUCCUGCUGCCGGUGUGGUUGCCACUAAACCCUUCACUGGGGGAGCAGGCAGGGAGGGCUGUCAUCUACUUCCUCUGUCUAAUGUACAUCUUCCUGGGUGUGUCCAUCAUCGCAGAUCGCUUCAUGGCAUCCAUAGAAGUCAUCACCUCUCAGGAGAAAGAGGUGACCAUCACCAAGCCCAACGGUGAAACGACAGUAACGACAGUGAGAGUCUGGAAUGAGACUGUGUCCAACCUCACACUCAUGGCCCUGGGCUCCUCAGCACCUGAGAUCCUGCUUUCUGUUAUUGAGGUGUGUGGGCACAACUUUGAUGCCGGGGAGCUCGGCCCGAGCACCAUAGUGGGCAGCGCUGCCUUCAAUAUGUUUGUGAUAAUUGGUCUGUGUGUGUGGGUGAUCCCUGACGGAGAGUCUCGCAAGAUCAAACACCUGCGAGUGUUUUUUAUUACGGCUUUCUGGAGUAUUUUUGCCUACAUUUGGCUCUACAUCAUACUGGCUGUCAUCUCGCCUGGGAUUGUAGAGGUGUGGGAGGCCGCAGUGACACUGCUUUAUUUUCCGGUGUGUGUGAUCUUGGCUUGGAUCGCUGACCGUCGCCUACUCUUCUACAAAUACAUGCACAAGCGUUACCGUGCUGACAAGAGGCACGGCAUUGUGGUGGAAAUGGAAGGUGACCUUGAGCCCAAAGGCAUUGACGUGAUCAUGGAUGGAAAGUUGUCAGAUGGCAGUUCAUGCCCUGGAAACUCCUCCAGUGUAACAGUCUCUGUGCAGACAGGCAAUGAACUGGACCAGAACAAAGAUGAGGUGGUCCGUAUCCUGAAAGACCUGAAGGAGAAACACCCAGACAAAGACCUGGACCAGCUGAUUGAGAUGGCCAACUACUCUGCCUUGGUUCACCAGAAGAAGAGCCGCGCCUUCUACCGUGUCCAGGCGACACGCAUGAUGAUUGGUGCCGGCAACAUAUUAAAGAAACAUGCUGCUGAGCACACACGUCGCUCAGGAGGCCAGGAGGCCGACAAGGCCACGUGCUCGCACAUUUGUUUUGAAAGUGCCCAGUACCAGUGCACAGAGAACUGUGGCUCUCUGAGUCUCGGGGUGAUCCUUGAGGGGGGCACAGGCCAGAACACUUUCUGUGUGGACUACUGUACAGAAAAUGGCUCUGCCAAUGCUGGGGCAGACUAUGAAUUCAGUGAGGGAACCCUAGUGUUUAAGCCAGGGGAGACCCGCAAAGAGAUCAAGGUGGGCAUCUUGGAUGAUGACAUCUUUGAGGAGGAUGAGCAUUUCUUUGUGCGUCUUCAGAACCUGAGGUUAGAAGAAGGUGGAAAUGAAGGGACAGGAACUCCACCCAAGGGUAGACUAGUGGAGCCGCUGGUUGCCACCAUCACCAUCUUGGACGAUGACCAUGCUGGCAUCUUCACCUUUGGGCAGCGAGUGCUGCGGGUGAGUGAGAGCACAGGCACGCUGAGGGUGACAGUGGUGAGGAACUCGGGCUCCAGGGGUACCGUUGCUGUGCCGUACCAUACAGAGGAUGGCAGUGCCAAGGCUGGGGUGGACUAUGAGGAGACCAGAGGGGAGCUGGAAUUCACCAAUGAACAGACCAGUCAGUUCUUACAAGUGCACAUUAUAAAUGUGGAGGAGUACGAGAAGCAGGAAAACUUCUUCAUUGUGCUUGAGGACCCUAAAUGGCUGAAGCGAGGAAUCUCUGCACUGCUGCUAAACCAGGGCAACCCCACCCCUGAGGAGGAAGAAGCCCGGAGGAUCUCUGAGAUGGGCAAACCCAUUCUAGGAGAGCACAGCAGGCUAGAGGUCAUCAUAGAGGAGUCCUGUGAGUUUAAGACUCCCAAUGGAGUACUAGACCAGAACACAGUGGACAAACUCCUGAAGGACACAAAUCUGGCUUUAGUGAUUGGCACUCACUCGUGGAGAGAGCAGUUCAUUGAAGCAGUCACAGUCAGUGCAGGUGAUGGGGAUGAGGAGGAGGGACAGGAGCAGCGAAUGCCGAACUGCUUCGACUAUUUCAUGCACAUAUUGUGCAUUUUUUGGAAGAUUCUGUUUGCUUGCAUCCCGCCCACAGAGUACUGGAAUGGCUGGGCGUGCUUCAUAGUGUCAAUCUCGGUCAUUGGUUUCUUAACAGCCAUUAUUGGAGACCUUGCUUCCCAUUUUGGCUGCACCAUCGGCCUGCGAGACACUGUCACUGCUGUGGUCUUUGUAGCACUGGGGACUUCACUUCCUGAUACCUUUGCCAGUAAAGUGGCUGCAACUCAGGACCAGUAUGCAGAUGCAUGUGUGGGAAAUGUGACAGGAAGCAACGCGGUUAAUGUGUUUUUGGGCAUUGGGGUGGCCUGGUCCGUGGCUGCCGUAUAUUGGGAAGUCAAAGGUAAGGUCUUCCGCGUGGACCCCGGCUCGCUGGCCUUCUCCGUCACACUCUUCACCAUUUUUGCCUUCUUCACUAUGGGAGUGUUGAUGCUACGCCGGAGGCCGUCCAUAGGCGGCGAGCUGGGAGGCCCGCGGAUCUCCAGAGUCCUCACUUCACUGCUUUUCUUUGGACUCUGGUUCCUCUACAUCCUCUUCUCCAGCUUGGAGGCCUAUUGCCAUAUACAAGGCUUCUGAGAGAGCACAUCUGGGGAGAGUAAUGACUGCACAAUAACAAACACACAUCACCAGGACAUUCACCUGUACAGUACUGUUACAGUAACUACCACUGAGAAGACCUGUCAUCACUUGACAACUGCUGCCAUGGUCCAUAAAAAAAUGUAUACAGACUCGCACAUGCAAAUCUGUACGUCACAUCCACUGCAGGGCAGCUCCAGUCAGUAGAAUUGAUUGUGACAGUACUGAUUAAUUUUCACUUAAGUGGACUAAAUAACAUGUAGUGACUGUUUUUGAUAAAGGAGAGCAAAUGGUCAACAUGUACUCUGUGAAGUCACUGGAUUUUGCUUGAUGGCUCAUAACCUGGAUUUCAAGUUUGGUCUAGUUUGUCCUCACGCUUAUAGAGGUUGGCUCAGAUCAGACUGUCUAACCUAGUAAAUAAAUUAGAAAAUCAAUGAUAGCUGCUUUUACACAGAUGGGCAAUGUAAGUGAUAAUACAUGACAAGCUGCCCUGAUACAUGAAAAUAAUGGUUGAAGAACACCACACUGCUUUGUGUUGUAGCAGUCAAAUCUAUUAUCUUUGUAUAUCAGAACACCUCUGAGUGAAUCACCACACUUAUACAGUGGCCACUUAUCACAGGCAAAAGUAGAAGCUGUGUUCAAACUGUCCCAUUUUUAAAGCUUGUUUGUUGUCAGUAAGCAUUAACGCAUAAUGUGGUCUUUUUGACAAGUUAGAGUUAAUUGGUAAGGUAGCUCGAAGCAAAAGUACUGUUGCUAUGGUUAUCUCCAAUCUUUGCGCACAGAUUUAGAACAAUAGUUCAACUGUUGACUGUUAAAGUGUUUUAGUUGUCUUGGUGUACAAUUUUGAAUGGAACUGCCAGCCAAUCAGAAGCAAGUGUUUUCUGUGGCCGUGGUACAAAACAAUGAGCACAGUUUGGUUACAAUCUACAGUCAGAGAUAAGCUGCUGUUGUGUAAUAUCUCUCACUGAUACAUUGUGUUUAUUUGUUGAGUUAUGUGACAGGAGGCAUUGUUUAAUGUAAUGUAAUGCACCUACUGAAUUGUAUCUCACUAUAAGUAUUGAAAAUAGUAAUUAUCAGAAAUGCACUACAUGGAUCCAAUAUAGAAAUGUAUAAUUGACAAAGAAUUACACAGGCAAUGAAUUUCUGAUAAGCUGUGGAAUGAAAAAAAAUGUACCUAGUAUCUGCCAUUGAGUGUGACUGUUUGAAAGUGAUGAUUCUUUCACCCCUGAAAUCUUAUCUGUUUAUUUAUCAAUGGUGUAAUUUAAUGUCUUUGUAAUUUAAUGUAUUUGAGCUGAUAUGAACAAAUAUAUAUUGUAAUUUAUUGUAAGUUGUCACUAUUACAUUGAAAUUUUAACUGAGUGUGCCUCCUUUGGAUACCUCACCCACACUGGUUGUUUAAGUAUUGUAUUAAUUCCUCAUUAGUGCAGAAGAAGACAGAUUGUCUCUGGAUUUGAAGAUGGUAAUACCAUGUUUGUUAGGGAAUAUGACAUGACAUUGGGGGCAUUUGUUCUAGAUUGGGGCACACUGACCUAAAUACAUAUUAUGCUCUUAAAUUCUGUGUUUCAUGUUAUAGAAGAUAUUUUAGGAUUAUGCAUCCAAAAAAAUGUGGAUAGCAGCUUCAGGAUUCUUAAAAGGAUACUGGCACUUUCAGAAAAUCACAUGAAGUGUGUUAACUUGGAAAAAGUAAGACUGAAAAGCAUGGCCCCAAAACACACCUCUGAGAUACAUUCCAAGUCAUUUUUGUGGAGGAAGACCAUAGCAACACAAUAACACCUGUCAUGCAGGUAAAAGACAAGAUAGUGA